UUGCACGAAUCUCCUUCUCUCGUAGGUUACACGUAACGGGAGUUCCCCUCAUCUCCUUUCUCCUUUUCAGAUCCAAAAUAAUCCGUGAAGAAGAAUAUUCAUUUGCAUCGGCUCUUUCGCCAGGUUUUGAUCGUCCUCUCUGUAUUGCCCCCGUUUCAUCUGUAGUUGCUGAUCUGAAGAACCUCGCGUUGGAUUGGAGAAUUUCUGGGGUUCGAUGUGUGUUUUGCAGUGUUCGAAGUGAACAUCCCGCUUCAAAUGGUGAAUUCUUUGCAAUAUUAGAAAAUGGAGUUGGUAUAAUGUUUCAGGGCAAAAAUGCAGCAAGAUACCCACAAUAAUCAUGACAUUUGAAACAUGUUUGAAAAUCCAGCAACAAUCCCAUCUAACAGUCCCCAUCUCCGGAAAUCUGGUAGCAAAUCUCUUUUCUCUGAUCUUGGUGUAAACGAGGUUCUGGGUAACGUAUCAGAAAUGGGUGACUUGAAGAGUUCUAGCUCACCUCGGCCUGUUACAAUGAUGGCGCCUUCCCCAAUAUUCUUGUGGAGAUUUAAGGUCUUUUUGUUUCUUAUAUGGGCUCUGUGUUGUUGCAAGAUCGGAUGGGAUUCAGUCAUGAGAAUGAGUGUGGAAUUUCGGGAUUUAUUCUUUUAUGAGGCAUUUCUUUACUACAACCCUCUUCUUCUAGUGACAAUGAUGGUCUGGCUCUGGGGAGUGAACUUAUGGGUUUUCUCCCAAGGAAGUGUUAAUUAUGCCAAAGUCUUUGAACUUGACCAGAACCAUCUUACUCAUAGAGAGAUAUGGAAGUGUAGCAUGUGGAUGACAGUCAUUGUUCCAACUAGCAUGACGGCAUAUCUUUAUCUGUAUUCCCAUGGAGAAGUAUCAUUGGCUGCUUCACAACCGGUGCUCCUGUACCUUGCUUUUGCUUUGGUUCUGAUAUUUCCAUUUGAUAUUUUUUAUUUAUCAACUCGAUAUUUUCUGCUGAGAACAUUAUGGCGUAUAGCUCUUCCACUGCAGCCAAUUACAUUUCCAGACUUCUUUUUGGCUGAUAUUCUCACCUCUAUGGCAAAGGUUUUGUCUGACUUAGAGCGAUCUGUCUGUCGGAUGGUACACAGACAGGUUGCAACGAUAGCUUGGUUCGAAGCCGAUUCUGUCUGUGGCAGUCAUCAAAUUGCAAUCCCGCUGAUUCUUGUUUUACCUUACAUCUGUCGACUUAUGCAAUGUCUCCGACAAUAUAAAGAUACAAAGGAAAAGUCAGCUCUUCUGAAUGCUCUGAAGUAUUCAACAGCGGUGCCGGUGAUUUUCCUUUCGGCCCUCAAAUAUCACGUUUUGCCCGAGAGUUGGACAUCGUUUUACAGGCCGCUAUGGCUUUUCUCGAGUGUGGUAAACUCGCUUUACUCAUUCUACUGGGAUGUAAACCGAGAUUGGGACUUGAGCGGAUUCACAAAGAUAUUCAAGUUCAGCCGACCAAGUUACUUAUCGAAUAUGUUGUACGGACGACAAUGGGUUUAUAUAUGGGUGAUGGGGAGCAAUCUGGUGUUGAGGUGUACGUGGACGUAUAAGCUGUCGGCGCAUCUGAGACAUAACUACAUAACGGUGUUCACGAUCACAGCACUGGAGAUGCUGAGACGGUUCCAGUGGGUUUUCUUCAGAGUGGAGAACGAAUGGAUCAAAAUCUCCAAAUCUAGCAGCAGCCUUCACCACCACCAUCCGCUCUCCGAUUUCUCCCUUGAACACGAUAAAUUACUUUCUUCUUCUUCCACCCUCCAUGUUUAGAUUCGAUACCUCAUUUUUCCCCCUUUCUACUUGAUUUUUUUUUUGUUAUAUUCGUUGAGAAAUUUAAAUGUCCUGAUUAGAGACUUCGGAUUUCUGUCUUUGUUUAGUUCGGUUUUUUUUGUUUGAAAAUUUAUAUAUA